GGCAAAGAGAAAGGGGAAAGAAAUUUGAUCUCCUGGGCCACUAAUUUGCAAACCUCCCCCUCAGCCCGUGGCCCUUUCAUCUGUAAUGCACUGGGCAACAUCCCUACUCACUGGGCUGUGCCAUCCUCGAUAAGGAUAGGGCCUCCCGGUGGUCCAGCCUCAGACCCGGGUGGGCCAGGCCAAAGCGCCCUCCUCCUCUAAAAGCACCAAUAGCAGCCCCCGAGCUUACAGGGAAGAAAGGGGCUCAAGCAGGAGUGGGUGGGCAUCCAGGCUGGUUUUCAAAGCUUUGGCUACAGCUGAGCCAUUUCUCCCUCGGUUCCCAGGAGAAAGGAAAGCAAUUUGCAAAACGGGGCAGCAGCCCAAGGUAGAUUGUUCUGACUAAAAUUAGCACUGAUUUUCUGAUGAGGCUGGUCUGGGUGGCUGAGGGGAGCCCCCGAAGACACAGGACAGGCUGGGGAAUAGUUUGAAACCCGUGAGGGGCAGGAGCCAGAGCCAGCUGCUCUCAAUUCUGGCCCCAGCAGAAUGCCACCCACCCCGCACCAACCUGGAGACAGGGGGAAGCCUGGCCCCAGGCAGCCCCUUCCUGGGCGCCAGUGCCUUGGCUCCAUCUCCAGGACAGGCAUCGCAGAGUGAACUUGCCAAGGGAAGGAAGGCCUCCUCUCGUGUCCGAGCGGCAACCUCUCUUGGGACCUGGAAUGUUCAGCCUGGCCGGGUGCCCACCCAGAGGAGACAGGGUUACAGCUUCUAAAUACCUGAAGGCCUCACACAGGAACACUGGCCCUGCUACCGGAGCCCCAGGAGCCCCCAUGAGCGCCGGCGAAGGGAGUCCUGGAUAGCAAGGCCCUGGCUGGUCCAGGAUUGGGUUACCCCAUCAUGCCACCCAUCCUCCAGCGCCUGCAGCAGGCCACCAAGAUGAUGAGCCGCAGGAAAAUCCUGCUGCUGGUGCUGGGAUGCAGCACCUUAAGCCUCCUCAUCCACCAGGGGGCACAGCUCAGCUGGUACCCCAAGCUGUUCCCUCUGAGCUGCCCACCUCUGCAGGACUCUCCACCGCGCCCCAAGCACAUGACCGUGGCCUUCCUGAAGACGCACAAGACGGCGGGCACGACAGUGCAGAACAUUCUGUUCCGCUUCGCCGAGCGCCACAACCUGACCGUCGCCCUGCCGCACCCGAGCUGCGAGCACCAGUUCUGCUACCCGCGCAAUUUCUCCGCGCACUUCGUGCACCCGGCCACGCGGCCGCCGCACGUGCUGGCCAGCCACCUGCGCUUCGACCGCGCGGAGCUCCAGCGCCUCAUGCCGCCCGGCACCGUCUACGUCACCAUCCUGCGCGAGCCGGCCGCCAUGUUCGAGUCGCUCUUCAGCUACUACAACCAGUACUGCCCCGCCUUCCGGCGCGUGCCCAACGCGUCGCUCGAGGCCUUCCUGCGCGCGCCCGAGGCCUACUACCGCGCGGGCGAGCACUUCGCCAUGUUCGCGCACAACACGCUGGCCUACGACCUGGGCGGCGACAACGAGCGCAGCCCGCGCGACGACGCCGCCUACCUGGCGGGCCUCAUCCGCCAGGUGGAGGAGGUCUUCUCGCUCGUCAUGAUCGCCGAGUACUUCGACGAGUCGCUCGUGCUGCUGCGGCGCCUGCUGGCCUGGGACCUGGACGACGUGCUCUACGCCAGGCUCAACGCGCGCGCCGCCAGCUCGCGCCUCGCCGCCAUCCCCGCGGCGCUCGCGCGGGCCGCGCGCACCUGGAACGCGCUCGACGCCGGCCUCUACGACCACUUCAACGCCACCUUCUGGCGCCGCGUGGCGCGCGCCGGCCGCGCCUGCGUGGAGCGCGAGGCGCGCGAACUGCGCGAGGCCCGAGAGCGCCUGCUGCGGCGCUGCUUCGGCGACGAUCCGGUGCUGCGGCCGGCCGCGCAGAUUCGCACCAAGCAGCUGCAGCCGUGGCAGCCCAGCCGCAAGGUGGACAUCAUGGGCUACGACUUGCCCAGCGGCCGCGCCGGCCCGGCCACCGAGGCCUGCCUCAAGCUGGCCAUGCCCGAGGUGCAGUACUCGAGCUACCUGCUGCGCAAGCAGAAGCGCAGGGGCGGCGUGCGCCUCCGGCCCGAGCCCGUCCUGGACAAUCCCCCGCCCAGGCCCAUCCGGGCGCUGCCCCGAGGCCACCUAGGCCACUGAGCACCGAUGGCGGUCUGGACCCCUGUCUCGCCCACCAGGAUCUUUCCUAGGGCUGCCUCCAGGUCCCGCCCCAUCAGGACCCUUUCUCCCGAGAGGGCCUGUCCCGCGCCACGUUACUUGGCGCAUCCCCCUGUCUGAGCCCACCUCCCUAGGGUAGACGGAACCCCACCUUUGGGGAGAGUGCUGAUAGGCCUGAUCGAGCCGGGCCACCCACUCCUCCGUCCGAGGCUUUGGCCAGAGGUCCGAGGCUCCUGCAGAACUGUCCACCCUGCCUUUUAAUGGGGAGUGAGGACCACACUUGUCUUUUGCAAGUGGAUGAGCCCAGGCCACGGAAAAGGGCUGAGCCCUGGGAAAGGCUGCUCUUCCUGCCAGGGGUCAGAGGCCCCCACACCGUCUGUCUUCCAGGUUCCACUCUCCCCACAGACCUAAGCUGCUCCCAGACUCCCAGAACCAAGAGUUCUUGAGUUGGGCUUUUUGUUUGUUGGUUUUUCUUUUUGUAAUAAAAUAUUUUAAAACGUGCAGGUUCUAUGUCAAUCAU